GGGCAUGCUUUGUGCUGCGGCAGGUAUUAACAGCAGUUGUGAUAGGCGUCGCCUCAUAUUAAACUAUCGCUUUUGCUAACAUGGCUGCAUUCAGUCUGGUGGAACUUCUCUGCUGGUAUUGAUCUUUGUUGCAAGCCAUGAACUAGAUGAACGGCGAUUCCCUACGAUACCUAAUGUGACGAUAUGACAUCAUGAUAUGAAGUAAAAAGUGAGCAUCUUCCUGAAAACGUGGAUGGCCACGUGGAUCACCACAGAACGCCAUGAGGAAGCUAAGAUGUCUUUCAUCGUCGUGUUGGACGCUAUUAGUUGGCCAAAGAAUGACAUUAUUUGGCACUGGAGUCCGCCCCAUGUCCUGUUACCAAAAUAAUCAGAACGGAAAUUUUUCAUACCAAGACAGUGUGUCCCAGCAAGAAGCAAAAGAGCAAAAGCCACGUUUUGUGCUUAAAACUCCAAAGGGUACACGCGAUGUUCACCCCAAGCAAGUGGCAAUACGUGAGAGAAUCUUUAACACCGUGGUGAACUGCUUCAAACGUCAUGGUGCUGAGAGCAUUGACACCCCCGUGUUUGAGCUCAAGGAAUUACUAACCGGCAAAUAUGGAGAAGACUCUAAACUAAUUUAUGAUCUAGAGGACCAGGGUGGCGAGCAGCUGUCGUUGCGUUAUGACCUAACGGUUCCCUUUGCACGGUAUCUGGCCGCGAAUAAAAUCAGUACCAUGAAGCGAUAUCAGAUAUCAAAGGUGUACAGACGAGACAAUCCAGCCCGAGGACGCUACCGGGAGUUCUAUCAGUGUGAUUUUGACAUUGCCGGGCGUUAUGACCCUAUGAUCCCAGACGCCGAGUGUCUGAAGAUUAUGCAUGAGAUACUCGGAGAGCUUGAGCUGGGAGAUUUUCUCAUUAAGGUGAAUGACCGAAGGCUUCUGACUGGCAUUCUUGCAUUGUGCGGUGUGCCGGAGUCCAGAUUCAGAACAGUUUGUACAUCCAUUGACAAGCUAGACAAGGUUCCUUGGGAAAACAUCAGGAGUGAACUGAUUGAAGACAAGAAACUCAGCCCUGAAAUUGUGGACCAAAUUGGUGAAUAUAUCAGACUUAACGGUGGAGUGGAACUGAUAGAACAACUUUGUAAGGACCCGAAACUUUUGCAGAACAAUGUGGCUAUGGAAGGAUUGAUUGACCUGAAACUGCUGUGCAAAUACUUGAAAAUCUUCGGUAUAACAGAUAAGGUUUCUUUUGACUUGGGUCUCGCUCGUGGUUUAGACUAUUACACUGGGGUCAUUUAUGAAGCAGUGCUGCUCCCUGGUCGAGAAGGACUUCAACCACAGCAGGGCAGUAAUCUGGAAGAUGUGGCCAGCAUUGGUAGCGUAGCUGCUGGAGGACGUUAUGAUGACCUAGUUGGGAUGUUUGAUGCCAAAGGCAAGAAUGUUCCGUGUGUGGGUAUCAGUAUUGGGAUAGAGAGGAUAUUUUCUAUUGUGGAGAAAAAGGCCAUGGACUCAAAAGAAAAAGUCAGAACCACUGAAACGCAGGUCCUUGUAGCAUCACCCCAGAAAAUGUUCUUAGAAGAGAGGCUGAAACUAAUUUCCAAACUCUGGGAUUCAGGAAUUAAAGCGGAAAUGCUUUACAAGGAAAAUCCAAAAUUUUUGAGCCAGCUGCAGUAUUGCGAAGAUACGGGAAUCCCGCUGGUGAUAAUUAUUGGAGAGCAGGAACUGAAAGAUGGCAACGUUAAACUAAGAGUUGUUGCUACUCGAGAAGAGGUGGAUGUCUCAAGUGAAAAUCUAAUAGAAGAAAUAAAAAGGCGAACAAGUUAACCAUGGUCUGUCUGGUCAAACUUCCAUCUGUGAAAAUAUCACAUCGUGGCACAGUCUCUACGUCUUAGAUCCAACUGCGCAUAAGAACUGUAUUUUUAUGGAAAUAUUUUAUUUAUUCAGAAAAGUAAACUGUUUAAAUAUGGCAUUUAUAUGGCACCUUUUUUUGUUGAAAUUCUUAUUAGAGACAGUCAAUAAAAGAAUAAGUGUGAAUUUUUGUUGUUGCUCUUCUACAUGUAAAUGCAGAAUAAAUA